AUGCAGCACAUGCGCGACACGGUCAACUUCGCACCUUCCAAGCGCGCUUUUCAAACUCAAUUCAAGCGAUGGGGUUUCCCGUCCAAACGCAAGCCAACCUUCCGCGACGAUGACCUUCUCGAACGUGUGAAAGAGCUUUGGGAGGCCAACUACAGUCAGCGCAACAUGCUCCAAACCCUUCAAGCCGAAGGUCACGACAUCAAGGAACGUGAGCUAAUGAGACUACGCGCCAAGAAUCGCUGGCUCAUGCGAAUUCCAAAUGGUGCUAAGCAGGCGCCUGGUGAUGACACUGACGCGACCCUCGAAGCGCAGUUACUCCAGGCGGCGAAGGAUGAAGAAAGCGGUCCGCAACCUGCUCAGGAUGCGGAACCUCAAGCCUUGGACGACCCGCCACCGGAAUUCGUUGAGCGCCAGAGGGAGAGACUUCAAGAGCUGCAAACAAUCAGUGACCAGCGCUGGGCUGAGAGGAAGCGUCGUCGUCGAACCAAAGGUUAUGCCGGGCUCCCAGCCGACCCCGCUGGACUCCCGCCUCGAUUCCCUUCCGAGACUACACUCGAGGAGAGUAGACAUAUUCUGGGUCUCGAGGUGAGAGAGUAUCGCGCUAUCCGCGAUCAGUUCCAGGCCAUGUGCGAAGAAGAGCAGAUUCUGCAAAAGACUGUCGCUGGCGCUGAGAAGUGGCAAGCCAUCAAAGAUCGUCUCAUUCGUGAGAGUGCCCUCCUGCAGCGCGUGGUGUGGCAGGACACAUCCAACCUGCAAUCCAAAGAGCUCGCUCUGGAUGUCAUCUGCACCGAUGUCACCAAGCGCAUUCGUACCAUGGGAAAACGACUCACCAUCCUGGAAUCCAAGAAUGUUCUGGGCCUGAAUCCUGACCAGAGUCGCCAAAUUCGCGGCGAGUUCUACGACAUCCUCGAGUCGGAGCAUUACACCAGCAAACUCGAGAUGGGCCCCGAGAAGUGGAAAGAUCUCAAAGACCGUUGGGUCGCCAACAACGCGUACCUGCAGGCUCUUCUAGCACCAGGCCCAGAAAACGACCCCGACCACAAGAAGAAGCUCGAUGCCAUGGAACUCUUGUGUCGCGAUGUCAUGAAACGCGUCCGAGACGAUCGCGCCAAGAAGAAGGGAACGUUCCGAAAGAGCAAGCCGACACCACCUUCUGCGCGGGUUGAGGUUGCCACUCCUGGGCCGCCAGCUCCGACUCCUGCACCGGCCGCGAACUCGUACGCAGCCGCCUCGCCCGCCAACCCAUUCAGCGAAGUGUCCAAUCCUGCGCCACAGAAUGAUUUGUCAGACCUCCAGAUUGACCCUAAUCUGCUGCAGGUGGCGGACAAUCUUGGUACUCCACAGGUCUCGACUCUGACACCCGUGUACAUCCGUCCCCAUCCCGAGUCCACCAUGUAUACGACGACCAAACUCUGGCUGGGGUCCUUGGCAAACCAUACUGUACAGGAGCUUCGAACGCUAAUUGCCGACAAAUAUCCAAAUUCCACAGCGGAACGGAUCGAUGGAGUGGAGAAGGACGCUGGUGGCAACGAGAUUCCCUAUCGCAUCGACGAAGACGAGGAGUUGGAGGCAUAUCUUGAUCACGCUCAGACCAAGACCAAGAAAGCUACGUUCGUGGUCCUGCUCAAGCGGGCUUGA